CCAAGCCCUUCUUCGACGACAACGACACGAAGAAAGCGGAAUGGUGCGUCCGUCGUCGCAUAUACCCGGCGCGCAGGUUUCCUGUUUGCACCUGCGGUUCACGACGCCGCGUGCAUGAACGAGCGAAGAGAGGGUCACGCGGCGGUGGCGGCCAAGGGCUUCGACUACGGAUUCUACGGAGGGUAGUUCUAAUCUUGGGAUGGGGUGCGGUGAUCUGGUAUGUUUGGGGAAGCUUGGACGCGGGUUUGGCUGGGUGCGAGGACAGGGGAGGGCAUACUGAAGGCCGGGGGUGGCGGACGUCAGACUGCGGAGAUUGUUAAAGGGAAGGUGUUUCGCUGCUUGGGGAUGGUCUUUAAGUCGUUUGGCGCCUUCGUUGGCUGAGAGUGAAAGGACGGAAAGGUAUCGUCUUGAGUUUUUAUUGUUGGACAGGAGCUGCGGUGUUGUGUUGCGUUGUGCUUCCUUAGUGUUCGGGUUCCUACACACAAGCGAUGUCGUCAUACAUUGGAUACCCCUCAUUGGCGCUGCUGCUGCUUAGCUCGUUGAGUGGCAUCACUACUGCGGCACCGUUGGAUGUGUCGAAGCGAGCUAUCUCGCAAGAUGUCUUCGACAAGCUCUCGUUCUUCUCCCAGUACUCCGCUGCUGCGUAUUGCUUGGGAAACAACAACAGCCCCAAUACAAAAGUCACCUGCCCGGAAGGGAACUGCGCAGAGGUAGAAGAGGCGGAUACAAACACACUGACCGAGUUCGAAAACUCGCUCAAUACCGACGCAACCGGCUUUGUCGCAACCGACAAGACGAACAACCUCAUCGUCAUCUCCUUCCGCGGCUCUCGCUCCGUGCGCAACUGGAUCGCAAACGCCAACUUCGGCCUCGCAGACAUUAGCUACUGCGAUGGCUGCAAAGCACACGCCGGCUUCAAGCAAUCAUGGGACGACGCCGAAGAUGACGUCAUGAGCGCCAUCACCGAAGCGAAGGCCCAGUUCCCCGACUUCAAAAUCAUCGCAGCCGGCCACAGUCUCGGCGGUGCAAUGGCCUCUCUGGCAACGGCAUCCCUCCGUUCGCAAGGCACAGCCGUCGACCUGUACACGUACGGCUGCCCGCGGACGGGCAACGACGAAUUCGCCGCGUUUGUCAGCGCUACAGAUAAGGGCGACAGUUUCCGCGUGGUGCAUAUGAACGAUACGGUGCCGACGCUGCCGCCGAGGAUUCCGCUGGUGUUGGAGUACAAACAUGUGUUGCCGGAAUAUCUCAUCACGAGCCCGAAUGAGGUUAUGCCGACGCCGAACGAUGUUACGGUCAUCCCAGAUGGGAACGAUGGGAAUCCCGGGACGGAUACGGAUGCGCAUCUGUGGUAUUUUGGACAUAUUAGUGCGUGUGAGGGACAGGAGGGGAUUGAGAUUAAAAGGGAUGUGGAGGUGCGGUACUUCUGA